GGUGAGAUGACACAAGAGACUGAUGGAAUCAUAUGUUUCGGCAUCUCCAAGCGAGUAUCACCCUGUCUAGGUUGACGGAGAUGGAGAGGCAAAUAGUUUGGCUUCGAAAGUUGGGAGCCUGACUCCCCGAACGGCUCAAAAUCGCUUCAGUUCUUCUACAAUAGAAUGAAGCAAAUGAACAAGGGGGAUGGCUACUAACUCGAACACGGGACGACAGUGGUCGCCCGGGCCGUCAUCCAGCACGGCGAGACCGUCGACGUCUUCGACGCCCCGUCGAAGGCGAGGCACUCCUCCGCUCGCAAGGUCGCCAGUGAAUAACAGAGGGACAAACUCAUCACCGAAAGGGCCACCACCGGCGGAGAGGUCCAGACCCAGUUCGACUUCGUCGAGUUGCUCCGAAGACCAAGAUAAUACCUGUGCAAUAUGCCUCAGCAAACCGUCAAACAAAUGUUUCACCGACGCCUGCUAUCACCGCUUCUGCUUCUCAUGCCUUGUGGAAUGGAGCAAGGUGAAACCGACAUGUCCGCUGUGCCAAAAACCUUUCCGGACAAUAGUGCACAACAUCAGGGAAAACUACGAGUUCGAGCAGUACCACAUUUUCCAGCCGCAUGCUCGUCUGGUCCCGGCUUCGCAAUCUUCGACCGAUCGGAUACGGAUAUACGAGUCCUAUUACUAUGCGAGGGUGAACGGAAUGACCCGAUACCGUGAUAUUAGUCCAGAGUUUUUCAUGGAUAAUCCAGCGCAGACACACCGAUUGAUUCCCUGGCUGAACAGAGAACUCUUGGCGCUUCUGCCGUCCACUCACAAUCUUCAGUUGGUGAUGGAACUCAUUCUUAUGAUGAUCUGUCGAGUCGACAUCCGAGGUGCAGAAAUGCGUCAGUUCUUGGAUCUCUACCUGAGGCCUUAUACAGCACAUUUCCAGCACGAAUUCUUCUGUUUCGCGUCGUCACCGCAUGAUAUGCCGGUUUUCGACAGAUCGGUGCAAUACGAGUACAGACCUCCUAUGUCAUACCAAGAAGCGGUCGAGAGAUUGAGAAGAGCUUUCGAACGGGAGACCAUGAGGACCGUCGAGGUGAUAAGUGCUCCGUUGAGGUCGCAGGGUCCCGAAUUCUCUGCAUUCAGACCCUGGUCCCAUGAGCCCGGACCAAGUGGACAGCAAAACACCAACUCUCCUCAGCCGUCAACCUCCGGUGCUCAGUUUUCUGCCUCCCAAAUGCCGGGACCCUCGAAUCCCGGUCCGUCCAAUCCAAGCACUUCGAACCCAAUAUCCUCAAGCAGGACAACUUUCAUUAUUGACUCCUCGUCCGACGAGGACGACUGCCAAAUUGUUAAGGUUAUCCGGCCGACUCGAGAACGAACGCCCGUCCUCAUCGACCUCUGUGAUUCAGCUUCCGAGCAGGACACCAUCCCGGCGCAGACCCCGCCGCAUGUUCGAGAGGGCGACGUGCAGGAUGAUCCGCCGCACACUUCAUCAAAUCGGCCCAGAAGCUUGAUAGGGGCAUAUUAUCCCGGCCCAUCUCAACAGACAUCUUUCGAGACGGACGAAUCCACAGAGGAAGAAGCUCAAAAUGAAACGACCAAGCGACCCAGACGGAAGAACAGGUUGACGAAAAAAGAAAGGGACAAGCACGCGAAACGAUCCAGGAAGUAACUCAACGCUCAAACUCAACUUAUGCAUGGCAGUCCUCUGCCGCUACGGCUCGGAAAAAAGUCGUGCGACGAGCUGGCU